AUGAUUCUUUUUAUUUCAGUUGCAAUGUCUACCAGUAUAUCACGCAGUUCCAGUGGUACAUUUAAACCAUCAUGUUUCAGAGAGCAGUCAAGCAGUGAACAAAUGGAUUGUACACAGGGCCCUCAUCUGAGCAAGCUAAGGGAUAGAAUUAUCUCAGUUGCUCCAAAACAGAUGGCAUCAAACCCACAGGCACUCAUUUUUACCCAUAAUACAAAAGCACAAGACAAUACAAGAAAACGGCAGAGGGCUAUAAAACUGGAACCUCUGCCUGUGUUGAAGACAUAUCAAGAUCAUCAUCAUCCUGAGUAUAUAUAUAAAAAGAAUAAAGAAGAUCUUAUAAGUCGAGGUGUUCUUAAGCGUCCCACAUCCUCAGAAAAAGGGCAGAGAUCUGUUAUUGUGGAACCUAUUUCAUCACAUUCACCAUUGCCAGAACUUCCAGAUGACUUAAAAGAAAAGCAGACACAGUUGGACUACAGUAGAACUAUAUCUCCUACACCUCCAAAACAACCACGUACCAUUCUACCAAGAACAAGCUCAAAAAGACGACUUUCCUCUCCACCAUCAUAUUCUUUUGAGACUGCAGAGAAUGUCAUUAAGGCAGAUAUCAGAAAUCCUUUAGAUAUCAUCAAAAUUAUAAAAGAAAGUAAGAGCUUAGGAUUCCUUUAUAUGACUCCUGCAGUUCCCAAGUCUUCAAUUGAUUAUGACCCAUAUAACUUAAGAAUUGUAAAAUAUGAAAACAUCAAUAAAAAUGAGUACUACACUAUAAGUGAAAAAGGUGUCACCCAUAUGUCGGAUGGAGAAGUUUUAUUUCUUGAGCUUGAAAGAUGGAAACAGGAAUAUCUUUACCACAAAGCAUUAAAACAAAUUCCGAUUUUUUCACACUUUCGAAAAUGGAAAGCGUUUACUGUAUGGAGGAAAAAUGUUCGCACAAAGAAAAUCUGCGAAUGCCGCAAAGCUCUUCAAGAGAACCUGUUCAUCGUUAAUGCAGACUUGCGCCCUGCCAUCAUCCACGUUCAAGAAAUGUGUUAUCGAAUUGGUGAUAUGGGCCUUUGCCGCAUUGAAAAAGGAUACACAUACACUUUGGAGGAAUUUAUAAGCAAACAAUUUAAACAAAUGGAAGAGGUAGCAAAUCAUUUAACUAGUUUCCGGGAGCUGACUAAGGAAGUUGUAAGGAGCGCGUGUCGAAGAGCUUUGCUUGAUGCUGGAUUUACGCCUGAUGAUUACCUUAACGAAUCAGACAAUCCAGAGCUGACAAAUAUUACUGCUGCACCUUUGGUUCCUGGCUCACUUUUACCUCAUUACGAUGGGGAACUUUUUAAGGAAUCUGCUGAAAAAAUGACCUACACAGAACAGGCCAACAAGAGGUCUCAUUGUAGAAGGCUAGCAUGCUUUAUUCGUUUAGCCGAUUACCUGAUAGUGAACACUAUGCAUAUUCUGGCGGUUAACUCAGUUAAUACAUUGCUAACCUGUUUGGUGAAUAAGUUGAAAACUACACCUUCUGAUCCUGUGAUACAGACCUGGAACACAGAGCGAGCACAAGAAUCUACUGACCAAAAGAAAACAUUACUGCCUACAACUGGAGGACAAAGUGAAGACGAACCAGUGCCAAUGUUUCUUACUGAAAUAAUUCUUGAUACUCACUCACUUUGGUUUGAGCCAGGUCUUGAUGAUUUUCAGGAACAUCUAGCAGAAGUAGUUAAUCAUUUUCAAGAAACUGUUUUCUCAGUAGAAAAUCUUGUGCCUGACCCAUACUUUGAUGCCUUUACACAACCUAUUAUUAACAAUAAACUUGAGGAGAAGACUUGCGGGGAUGGUCCAAGCUUAAGUAUGAUGUUUGAAGAUGACAAGCAUUUGCAGUCCAUCAUUUUGCAAACAAAGGAAACCAUCCAAUCAGCAUUUAAUGCAGCCAAUGUAUAUUCAGACACGUUUGAAAGGUUUCAAAAGUUUUUCAAAGAAAAUGAAAGUUUGGAUUUCAAAGCUCUGAAGCAAGAGGUUUUAGACGUUUCAUUCUUUGCUGAGCACCUGCAGAAAUACAAUGAAGAACACAAGGAUGCUCUUGCAAUAAAACAAAGAAGAAAUUUGGGUCUUCUGCUUAUUGAUGCCAAAAAACUAAAGGAGAAAUUAAUUCCAUCUCCAAAACGGUGCUUGGAGGAAAUUAAUGAUAUACUUCCAAUCCUUGCUAAGAAAAAGAUGGAUGCCAUUAUAGCAGAGGCUCAAGAUGCUCAAUUUAAACUUGAAUUCUCUCCUUCUACAACAAUAGAAUAUGUGGAUAAUUUAGUAUUCCUGGAUGAGAUUCAAAAAAGGGUUGAAGUUCUGGAAGAAGAAUCAAACGUCAUUUCUCAAAUGUUUGAACUCAUUGACAAAUACAAUGUCCCGACACCUCCUGAAGAUUUUGCAGUAUAUGCCACUCUCAAACCAUCAAUUACUGCAGUUCGAAAUGCCAUUGACAAGUCUGUGGGUGAAAGAGAUGGCUGCAUCGAAAAAUUCUGUCGUUCUUUAGACAAAGAUAUUGCAGAAUUAAACAAAGACGUAAAGGAAGUGAAACAGAAAUCACAGGAUCCACAGCUUCUUGAUAUUACAGCUGACGAAACUAAAAUAAAACAAAUCUUGGCUGACAUGCAGCUAAUUUUAGAUAUGUUACAGAAACGGGCAUUUCAGUACAAGACUUACCAGAAGAAUUUUAAGGUUGAAGUAACAAAGUUUGAUGCUCUGGAAGAAGUGAGUGCAGAGAUAAAACUAAAACAGCUUCUGUGGGAUUCCCUAAGUGAAUGGGAUAUUCUUCAGGCUGAGUGGAUGAAGGCUAAAUUUGAAACCCUUGAUACAGAGCAGCUGAAUUCAUUAGUCCUUAAAUAUGCCAAGUUUGUAAAUCAAUUGGAAAAAGGACUGCCGCCAAAUAAUGUAGUGCCUCAACUUAAAGAGAAGGUGGAAAGAAUGAAAGAAAAGGUUCCUGUUAUUAUUGAUCUGAGAAACCCGUGUUUGAAACCAAGACAUUGGUCUUCUUUGGAAGGACUUAUAAAUGCACCUUUGCUGGACACUGAGCAACCACUCUCUCUGGAUAGGUUAAUUGAGAUAAAUGCUUUUGAAUAUGCCCAAGAAAUUCAGGAUGUUUCUGGACAGGCUUCUGGGGAAGCUUCAUUAGAGUCUAUACUUAAAAAGGUGGAAGAUUCUUGGAAAACUACUGAAUUUAUUACAGUUCUUCAUCGUGAUUCUAAAGAUGUAUUCAUCCUUGGUGGAACAGAUGAAAUUCAGGCUCUCCUUGAUGAUAGCAUCAUCAACAUAUCAACUAUUGCAUCAUCACGCUAUGUUGGACCUAUCAAGGCCCGUGUCGAUGAAUGGCAAGCAAAUCUCUCUCUGUUUAAUAGAACUCUAGAAGAAUGGUUGACUUGUCAAAGAAACUGGCUAUAUUUAGAAAGUAUAUUUAGUGCUCCUGAUAUUAUGAGGCAACUUCCCAGAGAAGCCAAGCUAUUUUUACAGGUGGACAAAACCUGGAAAGAUAUCAUGAGAAAAGUAAACCGCUUACCCAAUGCCCUUCGAGCAGCUACUCAGGAUGGAGUUCUAGAGUCUUUUAAACAAAACAAUGAAUGUCUUGAAGAAAUUCAAAAAUGCUUGGAGAAUUACUUGGAAUCUAAGAGAGUAAUUUUUCCAAGAUUUUAUUUUCUAUCAAACGAUGAACUUCUGGAAAUCCUUGCCCAGACACGCAACCCCCAAGCUGUUCAGCCUCAUUUGAGAAAAUGUUUUGAUUCUAUUUCCAAACUUGAGUUUGCUGUUUCAUCCCCUGAGGGAGGGCAGGAGGUCUUUACGAACGACAUUUUAGCAAUGCUGUCACCUGAAGGAGAAAGGGUUAGCUUGGGCAAAGGACUGAAGGCACGAGGCAAUGUGGAAGACUGGCUGGGCAAGGUAGAAGAAGCAAUGUUCACGUCUCUUAGACGCCUAAGCAAAGCUGCUAUUGCUGACUAUAAAAAGAAAACCAGAGUGGAAUGGGUUGUUGCAGGGCAUCCUUCUCAGGUUGUGUUGACAAUUUCUCAGCUUAUGUGGUGCAGAGAUCUGACUCAGUGCCUUGAAGGGGAAUCUAAAGACAACUUGAAAGCUGUGGCAGAGUUUGAAAAAAUAAACUUUGAACGGUUGAAUUCUUUAGCUGCACUGGUUCGUGGACAACUACCAACAUUGCACAGAAACAUAAUAACUGCUCUGAUAACUAUUGAUGUACACGCAAGAGACAUUGUCAGUGAUCUUCUAAGAGACCAGGUUGACAGUACUGACAGCUUUGAGUGGCAGCGACAAUUACGUUAUUAUUGGGAUACACAACUCGACAACUGCGUUGCGCGGAUGGCGUUAUCUCAAUAUACAUAUGCUUAUGAAUACCUUGGUGCGUGUCCUCGAUUAGUGAUAACGCCUCUUACUGACCGAUGCUAUCUUUGCCUCAUGGGUGCUUUACAGCUAGAUCUUGGAGGGGCCCCGGCUGGUCCUGCGGGCACCGGAAAAACAGAGACAACUAAAGACCUUGCAAAAGCCCUUGCCAUCCAGUGUGUGGUCUUCAACUGUUCUGAUGGGUUAGAUUACAAGAUGAUGGGUCGUUUCUUCAGUGGUUUAGCUCAGUCUGGAGCCUGGUGUUGCUUUGAUGAAUUCAAUCGUAUUGACAUUGAAGUUCUUUCUGUAAUUGCCCAGCAACUAAUCACCAUAAGAAAUGCCAAAGCCUCAAAGAGCAUUAGGUUUUUCUUUGAAGGACGGGAAAUAAAAUUGGUUAUGACUUGUGCAGCAUUUAUCACUAUGAACCCAGGCUAUGCCGGAAGAACAGAAUUACCAGAUAACCUAAAAGCCCUUUUCAGGCCUUUUGCAAUGAUGGUUCCAAACUAUGCCUUGAUUGCCGAGGUGAUUUUAUAUUCUGAAGGAUUUGAAUCCAGCAAAGUUCUUGCCAGGAAGAUGACUCAAAUGUAUAAACUUUGCAGUGAGCAGCUUUCGCAGCAAGAUCACUAUGAUUUUGGCAUGAGAGCCGUAAAAUCCGUCUUAGUUAUGGCUGGAUCACUGAAAAGGGAAAAUCCCAAUUUAAAUGAGGAUGUUGUUCUCAUACGUGCCUUAAGAGACUCAAAUUUACCAAAGUUCUUGACAGAUGAUGCUGAUUUGUUCAGUGGCAUCAUAUCUGACCUUUUCCCAGGAGUUCUAAUACCUGAGCAUGACUAUGGUACUUUGCAUUCAACUAUUGUUGAUGCGUUAAUAGCUCGAGGAUUGCAGCCUGUACCCAGUAUGAUUCAUAAAGUAAUACAGUUUUUUGAAACCAUGAUUGUGAGACAUGGGGUCAUGCUUGUUGGACCAACUGGGGGUGGAAAAACUACAGUUUACCAAAUCCUGGCAGAUGCACUUGGAACAUUAUUUGAGGCUGGGGAAACACAUCAUUUUUAUCAGCCUGUUAAAACCUAUGUCCUAAACCCCAAAUCAAUUACAAUGGGUGAAUUAUACGGAGAAGUGAAUCCAUUAACAUUGGAAUGGAAGGAUGGACUUAUGGCACUAAGUGUUCGAGCUGCUGUCAAUGAUACUUCAAAAGACCACAAAUGGAUGAUCUGUGAUGGACCUGUUGAUGCAUUAUGGAUUGAAAAUAUGAAUACGGUUCUAGAUGAUAACAAAAUGCUUUGUUUGGCCAACAGUGAGAGAAUCAAACUGACACCCCAAAUUCAUAUGGUCUUUGAGGUACAAGACCUAAAAGUGGCAUCUCCUGCCACAGUAAGCCGAUGUGGGAUGGUUUAUAUUGAUGCAGAAGAGCUAAAAUGGAUGCCAUAUGUUCAAACCUGGAUAACAGGUCUAUCAUCUAAGCUAAAUGAUGAAACCAGGCAAUAUAUACUUGCUUUAUUUGACCGUUAUGUUGAAGAUGGACUUAAAUAUGUUGCAAAAAAAUGUACACAAGCUAUUGCCCAAGUGGAUAUUAGUAAAGUAACUACACUGUGCUGUUUACUGGAAUCAUUGCUGCUUGGAAAAGGAGGACCUGAUCUAAAAAUGGAGCAAUCAAGACUGAACAGCGUUAUAUGCCAGACUUUUGUUUUCUGCUAUCUGUGGUCAGUGGGAGGAAAUCUAACUGACAAUUAUUGGGAUACCUUUGAUACAUUUCUCAGACAGCAAUUUGAAGAUAACCCUGAAGCCAAGCUUCCAUCUUCAGGAGACUUGUGGAGCAUUUAUAUGGAUUAUGACAGUAAACGCUUGGAAUCAUGGGAGAGAAUAAUUCCAUCUUUCAAGUACAGCAAAGAGCUUCCAUUUUUUGAAAUGCUUGUCCCGACAACUGAUACUGUACGGUAUGGGUAUCUAAUGGAAAAACUGUUGGCUGUCAGACACUCUGUGCUCUUUACUGGACUCACAGGAGUUGGCAAGUCUGUAGUUGCUCGAGGUUUACUAAACAGAAUACAAGAAGAAGCAUCUUACGUGCCUGUAUACAUAAACUUCUCAGCUCAGACAUCCUCUUCGCGGACACAAGAGAUAAUUGAGUCUAAGUUGGAAAAGAAAAGGAAAACCAUUUUAGGUGCUCCGGGUAACAAAAGAGUCAUCAUAUUUGUUGAUGAUUUAAACAUGCCAAAAUUAGAUCGAUAUGGUUCUCAACCGCCAAUUGAACUGCUGCGCCAGUACCAAGAUUUCCGAGGGUUUUAUGACAGAGAAAAAAUGUUUUGGAAAGAAAUACAGGACGUAACAAUUGCAGCUGCCUGCGCUCCUCCAGGUGGGGGUCGUAAUCCGGUAACUCCACGCUUUAUAAGACACUUCAGCAUGUUGUGCCUGCCAACGCCCUCAGAGCAAAGCCUUAAACAGAUUUUUCAGGCGAUCCUAAAUGGAUUUUUGACAGAUUUUCCUCAAGCAGUGAAGCAAGCUUCAGUAAACAUAGUUGAAGCCGCAGUGGAAAUUUACCACAGGAUGAGCAUUGAUCUUCUCCCAACUCCCGCAAAAUCUCAUUAUGUAUUUAAUCUACGCGACUUGUCAAAAUGUAUUCAAGGUAUACUUCAGUGUGAACCAGGAACUGUAAGAGAUGAAACACAAAUUUUCAGACUAUUUUGUCACGAGUGCCAAAGAGUCUUUCAUGACCGUUUAAUCAACAACGAAGACAAGCAAUAUUUCCAUUCAAUGCUAUCUGAAAUGUCCAGUAAAUACUUUUCUGUUCAAAUUGAUCCAAGCUACUUUGUUACUAAACCAAUUAUUUUUGGAGAUUUCUUGAAGGCUGGAGUUGAUGAAGCUGAUAAAGUUUAUGAAGAUCUGACUGACUUGGAAAAGAUAAAAUCAGUUUUGCAGGACUACCUAGAUGACUAUAAUUUGGUGAAUGCCAAAGAUGUGAAGCUUGUAUUUUUCCUGGAUGCCAUAGAGCAUGUUGCAAGGAUUGCUCGAAUGAUCCGUCAGGAAAGAGGAAAUGCCCUUCUCGUUGGCGUUGGUGGAACAGGCAAACAGUCUUUGACUAGACUUGCAGCUCAUAUGUGUGGCUAUAAAUGUUUUCAAAUAGAAUUGAGCCGUGGAUACAAUUAUGAGACCUUUCAUGAAGAUCUAAGAAAAUUGUUCAAAAUGGCUGGGGUAGAAGACAAGAAUAUGGUUUUUCUCUUCACCGAUACUCAGAUUGUUGUUGAGGAAUUCUUGGAGGACAUUAAUAACAUGCUGAAUUCUGGGGAAGUGCCCAAUUUGUUUGAAAAGGAUGAGCUUGAGUAUGUUUUGGCUGCAACAAGACCAAAAGCUAAAGAAGCAGGUAUUCCAGAAGGGAACAGAGAUGAGGUGUUUCAGUUUUUCAUCAAUCGGGUGCGACAGAAGCUACAUAUUGUGCUUUGUAUGAGUCCAGUUGGAGACGCUUUCCGUGCACGAUGCCGCAUGUUUCCAUCACUUGUAAACUGCUGUACUAUUGACUGGUUUGUGCAGUGGCCCAGAGAAGCACUUUUAUCUGUAUCACAGACAUUUUUCGUCAACGUUGACCUUGGCAGCGAUGAGAUGAAAGAACGGCUUUCUGAAAUGUGUGUAGAAAUCCACAUGAGCGUCACUGAAAUGGCAGAAAAAUAUUAUGCAGAAUUGAGGAGGCGCUACUACACCACCCCGACCUCAUAUUUAGAGUUAAUUAACCUCUAUUUAUCUAUGCUGGGUGAAAAAAGGACACAGCUGGUUUCGGCACGGGAUCGUGUAAAAAAUGGAUUAAGCAAACUUGGGGAGACCAACAUACUGGUUGAUAAGAUGAAGACGGAGCUGUCGGCUUUAGAACCUGUCCUUAAACAGAAAUCACAGGAUGUGGAGGCUUUAAUGGAGAAACUAUCUGUUGAUCAAGACAAUGCUGACCAAGUACGACGCAUAGUUAAAGAAGAUGAGGCAAUUGCAAAAGUGAAAGCUGAAGAGACUCAAGCAAUAGCGGACGAUGCCCAGAGGGAUCUUGAUGAGGCAUUGCCAGCUCUUGAAUCGGCAAAUAAAGCGUUAGACUCUCUGGAUAAGGCCGACAUAUCAGAAAUCCGUGUGUUUCCAAAACCACCAGACCUUGUCAUGACUGUCAUGGAAGCUAUUUGCAUUCUCCUGAAUUCUAAACCUGACUGGGCAACAGCAAAACAGCUACUUGGUGACUCCAACUUUCUCAAAAGACUUUUAGAGUAUGAUAAAGAAAAUAUAAAACAUCAGAUAUUACUGAAACUUCAGAAAUAUAUUAAUAAUCCAGAUUUUGUGCCAGAGAAAGUUGAAAAAGUGUCGAAGGCAUGUCGCUCUAUGUGUAUGUGGGUGAGAGCUAUGGAUUUGUAUUCCCGAGUGUUAAAAGAUGUUGAACCCAAAAAACAAAAACUUGCAACUGCACAGGCCGAACUUGAUGCUACAAUGUCAAACCUAAAAGAUAAGCAAAGAAAAUUAAAAAGUGUGGAACAACAAAUCCAAGAGCUUCAAGAUCAGUAUGACAAGAGUCUUGGAGAAAAAGAAAGCCUUGCAAAAACAAUGGCACUUACGCAAGCGCGUCUUAACCGUGCUGGGAAGUUAACCUCAGCACUAGCAGAUGAACAGGUCCGAUGGAAGGAGAGCAUUGCUAAUUUUGAAGAGGAGAUUUCAAAUGUCAUUGGAAAUGUUUUCAUUGCCGCCGCCUGCGUUGCAUAUUUUGGUGCUUUUACAGCCGUUUAUAGACAGAUGUUAAUCGACAAUUGGAUUCAGAAGUGUCAAAAGUUAGAAAUUCCUAUCAGCCCUAAAUUUAGUCUUAUAAAUAUUUUGGGUGAUGCCUAUGAAAUUCGCCAGUGGAAUACAGAUGGUUUGCCACGGGAUCAUGUUUCUACAGAGAAUGGUAUUCUAGUAACACGUGGAAGACGUUGGCCUCUGAUGAUUGAUCCUCAAGAUCAGGCAAAUCGAUGGAUAAGAAACAAGGAAACCAAGAAUGGUUUGAAAAUUAUUAAGCUUACUGAUGCUGGUUUUCUGAGGACACUUGAAAAUGCAAUACGACUUGGCCUACCUGUUUUAUUGGAAGAGCUGAAGGAAACUUUAGAUCCUGCUCUGGAGCCAAUUCUUUUGAAGCAGACCUUUGUGUCAGGCGGAAGAAUGCUAAUUCGCCUUGGAGAUUCUGACAUUGAUUAUGAUAAGAAUUUUAGGUUCUACAUGACGACUAAAAUGCCAAAUCCACAUUAUCUUCCUGAGGUGUGCAUCAAAGUUACUAUAAUUAAUUUCACUGUAACAAGAUCUGGCCUGGAGGAUCAGCUGCUCAGUGACGUUGUACGGCUUGAAAGACCAGAUUUAGAAGAGCAAAGAAACCAGCUUAUAAUAAGAAUAAAUUCUGACAAGAAUCAGCUGAAAGCUAUAGAGGAUCGAAUUCUGAAACUUCUUUUUGCAUCAGAGGGAAACAUUCUGGACAAUGAGGAACUUAUCAACACACUGCAGGAAUCAAAGAUAACUUCUAGUGCCAUCAAAACAAGACUUCAAGAAGCAGAAACCACAGAGCAGAAGAUAAACACCGCUCGUGAAAAGUACAGGACAGUAGCCACUCAGGGAUCUGUAAUAUACUUUGUGAUUGCAAGUCUUUCAGAAAUAGAUCCGAUGUAUCAGUUUUCACUGAAAUAUUUUAAGCAAUUAUUUAACACAACGAUAGAGUCUUCUGAAAGAAGUGAUGAUCUUGAUGUACGCCUGGCAACCCUUCUAAGUCAGACUCUGUUUUCAGCAUACACCAAUGUUUCACGGGGCCUUUUUGAGCAGCAUAAACUUAUCUACAGCUUUAUGCUCUGUAUCGAGAUCAUGCGACAAAGAGGAGAGAUCAGUGACUCUGAAUGGAAUUAUUUCCUCAGAGGUGCUGCUGGCUUAGAUAAGGAGCGCACAAGGAAACCUGAUGUCCCAUGGCUUUCUGACACACUUUGGUAUGGUUGCUGUGACCUAGAAGAAAUGCUCCCAUGUUUCCAAGGAAUCCAGAAAGAUAUUUUGAGAAUACCUAUUGCUAUCCGUUUAGGGUCACUUGAAAUUCAGAUAAAUGUCAAUGCUUGGGAAGGUUAUGAAGAAGAGCAACAUAAGAUACAGUCAGAAAAUGGAACUGAUGUAACUUUUGGUCUGUGGGAUGAAAAACUUAACUUAUUUCAGAAACUAAUUCUUAUAAAAAUCAUAUAUGAAGAGAAGGUUGUUUUUGCUAUCACAGAAUUUGUGAUAAACAGUCUCGGGAAGCAAUUCAUUGAGAACCCACCAGUAGAUUUAGCUACUCUUUACCAAGAUAUAUCACCUUCAACACCUUUAAUUUUCAUCUUAAGUACUGGAUCUGACCCAAUGGGAGCAUUCCAGAGAUUUGCCAAAGAAAAAGGAUAUUCAGAUCGAGUACAAUCAAUUUCUUUGGGACAAGGACAAGGACCAAUUGCAGAAAAAAUGAUAAAGGAUGCUUUGGACUCAGGAAAUUGGAUAUUUCUGCAGAAUUGCCAUUUAGCUAUUUCGUGGAUGCUGCCUAUGGAAGAACUGAUAAAGAGUUUUACUGAACCAAAUGUUUCCAUUAAUGAGAACUUCAGACUGUUCUUAAGUUCUAUGCCAAGCAAUAUAUUUCCUGUCACCGUGCUCCAGAAUUCUGUGAAGGUUACUAAUGAGCCACCAAAAGGUCUCCGUGCUAAUAUUCGGCGUGCGUUUACAGAACUUACUCCAGAUUUCUUUGAAAACCAUGAUCUUGGGGCUAAUUGGAGGAAAAUUGUAUUUGGAAUUUGUUUCUUUCACGCCAUCAUUCAGGAAAGGAAAAAAUUUGGACCUCUCGGAUGGAACAUCUGCUAUGAAUUUAAUGACAGUGAUCGAGAAUGUGCACUCCUCAAUUUAAGCUUGUAUUGCAAGGAUGGAAAGAUACCAUGGGAUGCACUCACAUAUAUUACUGGGGAAAUAACAUACGGUGGUAGAGUGACUGAUGCAUGGGACCAAAGAUGUUUGAGAACAAUACUUAGAAGAUUCUUCUCUCCGGAGACUCUUGAAGAUAACUAUCGUUAUUCUGAGUCAGGUAUAUACUUCAGUCCAGAUGCUGAGAAACUGCAAUAUUACAAAGACUAUAUUGAAAACCUGCCCUUGACCGAUGACCCAGAAAUCUUUGGAAUGCAUGAAAAUGCCAAUUUAGCUUUCCAGCGUAAGGAAACAAGCACUUUAAUUAAUACAAUAUUGGAUGUCCAACCAAGGUCUGCAGCCCGGGGCUCUGGAAAAAGCAAUGAUGAAAUAGUCAGCGAACUGGCAACUUCUAUCUUGUCAAAGCUACCAGAAAAACUAGACAUGGAUGCCGCAUCAGAAGCACUGUUUACUAAAGACUCCAAUGGACGGGUUAACUCUUUAACAACUGUACUUGGACAAGAAGUAGACAGGUUUAAUAAACUCAUUGAAGUAGUCAAAAACUCACUGGAGACUCUCAAUAAAGCAAUUGCUGGUUUUGUGGUAAUGUCUGAGGAGAUGGAGAGAAUAUACAAAAGUUUUCUCAACAAUCAUGUGCCAACAUUAUGGGCGGAUGCUGCUUAUCCCUCACUGAAACCCUUGGGAUCCUGGGUAAAAGAUUUUAUGUUGAGGACAGCUUUUAUAGAUGCUUGGAUUCGCAGAGGCCUACCAAAGUCAUUCUGGAUCUCUGGUUUCUUUUUCCCCCAAGGAUUUCUCACAGGAGCCCUUCAGAACCAUGCUCGGAAGUACAACUUGCCUAUAGAUGAACUUAGCUUCCACUAUAAUGUUCUGCCUUAUUAUCGUGAUCAAGCAGCAGUGAUUGAAGCACUGAAAUCAGUACAGUUUGGAGAAGAGUUGCCAAUGGAUAUACAGCUACCAUCCCCAGAAGAUGGUGUACUGGUGCACGGGAUGUUUAUGGAUGCAAGUCGUUGGGAUGAUAAAAACAUGGUUAUAGAAGAUGCAUUGCCAAGACAAAUGAAUUCCAUGCUACCUGUUGUUCACUUUGAACCUCGCCAGAAUUACAGUCCAUGCUCAAAAUUAUAUCAAGCGCCACUCUAUAAAACAGGAGCUAGGGCAGGUACACUGUCCACAACAGGUCACUCUACUAAUUUUGUGGUUACUGUGUUGUUGCCGUCAAACAGAAGCAAUGAUUACUGGAUCUCAAAAGGGUCAGCUUUGCUUUGCCAGUUAAAUGACUGAGUACCUCAGAAGAGCACUUGCCUUUAUGUUAUUGAUUUGUGGAAUUUCAAAUGAAUGCACACGUUUUUUGCAUUUAAUGGAAAUAUAUUUAUAAAGUUAUAUGUAUUUAUCUUCCUCUUAAAAUAUAAAUUUAUUUAAAUGAAA